ACGCGUUAUUAAGAAACAGGAGAAAGAAAGAGGGAACAUAUCUUCGAUUGAGGGGUCCGUCUUCCCCCUCCAAACGCGGCAUUCAUCACUGACUUUUCAUUUCAUUCUCCAAACCCUCUCCCUCUUUCUCUCUCCGAUUCUGCACAUACCUAACCCCAAUAAAUCAUCACCCCCAUCUAUAAAUUCUCACCCCCAAUUUCUCUCACCCUUCCAUAGAUCAUGCUGCGUUUGUGCUUCAGCCCUCUCGAUUAUUGCCUUCGACGUCGUGGUGCCUCUGAUUUUCUUCUCUGGCACACCGACUUGAAACCCCACGCUUCCGGUGAUUUCUCCAUAGCCGUCGCUCAGGCUAAUUACUCCCUUGAGGAUCAGAGUCAAGUCUUUACCUCCCCUUCCGCCACCUACGUUGGUGUUUACGACGGUCAUGGAGGUCCUGAAGCGUCUAGAUUCGUCAAUAACCGUCUCUUCCCUUAUUUGCACAAAUUUUCGUCUGAGCAAGGGGGAUUGUCGGUUGAUGUGAUAAAGAAGGCGUUUAGUGCUACCGAGGAGGAUUUCUUGCAUUUGGUUAAGUUGUCGUUGCCGCUUAGUCCUCAGAUUGCGUCUGUGGGAUCAUGUUGUCUUCUUGGUGCGAUUUCUAAUAAUGUGUUAUAUGUCGCCAACCUUGGAGACUCUAGAGUUGUUCUUGGCAGGAAGUAUAGUGAGAACAAGAGUGGUUCGGUAGAGGCAGUGCGCUUGUCGACGGAUCAUAAUGUAGCUGACGAAGAGGUGAGGAGAGAAGUUGAAGCUUUACACCCUGAUGAUUCACAUGUUGUGGUUCUUAGCCGCGGUGUUUGGAGGAUUAAGGGCAUCAUUCAGGUGUCUAGAUCUAUUGGUGAUGUGUAUUUGAAGAGACCGGAUUUCUACCGAGACCCCAUUUUUCGUCAAUUUGGAAAUCCUAUUCCAUUGAAGCGUCCAGUAAUGACAGCUGAACCAUCAAUCAUCAUUAGGGAGCUUGAAUCAGAUGAUUUAUUCUUAAUAUUUGCAUCAGACGGCCUUUGGGAACAAUUAAGCGAUGAAGCAGCCGUUGAUCUUGUUUUCAAAUAUCCAAGAGCUGGAAUUGCCAAGAGACUAGUAAGAGCUGCUCUGCAGGAAGCUGCAAAGAAAAGAGAGAUGAGAUAUGCUGACAUUAAGAAAAUCGACAAAGGAAUAAGAAGACACUUCCAUGACGAUAUCACAGUUGUUGUAAUCUAUCUUGAUCAACAAGGAGGCUCUUCUAGUGGUGGAUCUAAGCAAACUGCUGUUGGUUAUACAACUGCGCCAGUUGAUAUAUUUUCUCUAAAUGCUGAUGAGGCCGAGAAGAGUAUGCUUGGUUCAGUUGCCUAAAGAGUGAAAUUGCUUCACUGAAUCAUAAAAUGACUUUAUUUUGGAUGAAAUUAUUCUAAGCGGAGAUGAAUAUUACUGGUAAAUUAAGGGAAUUCUCGAGUAAAAGAUGCAAAUUAGAAAUUACUGCAUAGAUAGAGACCUCAAGUUGCUGACAUAUUCUUGGUGCAGAUAUGUAUAGUUGUGAAUUUAUAUUUUUGGGUUUGAUGAUAGUAUCAAUUUUGUUUAUUUAGAAAGAAAAAAUAAAAUUUGUAUUUAUUGGUUACAAGGAUCUAUCGGUAAUGUUCGUGAAUGAUAAGGUACGAGGUAAGCGUUGGUGACAUUUCACCAACUAACAAAAUGAUAGGUGGGCAGGUGGUUGUUUGUGAUAAGCAGAGUGGUGUGUUGGUUGCAAUUAAAACCCGACAUGAAAUUGCAGACAGAUCCUUAAUUGUGUCUCUUAUCCACUGUAAUUGUAACAGACAGGAAAUGGGAUAAAGCUGGAGCAGUCUUCUUUUUAGUUUUCAGAA